AUGAGAGUGACAGCCUUUGUCCUGCUCUUGGCCCUGGCACUUAUUGAGGUAGAAUGUGCGGGACAAAGUCAAGAGAUUGAUUGUAGUCCAUUUAAAAAAUUACCACCAGAAGAGAGACUGUGUUAUACAAUAUAUAGACCAGUUUGUGGAUCUGAUGACAAAACUUAUAUCAAUGAUUGCUUCUUUUGUUUUGAAAUGGAGGAAAUGGACAACAAACUUAAAUUUGUACAUUUUGUGGAAUGUUGA